AUGAACGCCGACACCGCGGAGUGGGCGACGCGAGGUCGCGCCUCCCGCGGCCGCGCCGCGCACGUCGUCGCGGUGACGAUCGCGCUCGGGCUCGGGCUCGGCGCGUGGUACGCGGUGCGGCACGGCGAUGCGUUCAAAAAGCUCGGCGAUCGAAGCGCCCUGGGACCGUCCGUGGGAUCGUGGUACUCGUCAUUUCCGGAGGAACACGGCCUGAGCGGAUCGACGCUGAUCGAGGGCGCGGCGGCGCUUCGAAAGAACCUUCCGACGCGCGAUUGCCUCGUGGUGGCGAUGGACGGCGCGGUGGUGCACGAGGAGUAUUACAAUGGGGCGACGAUGAACACCGCGUUCGACGUUGGGAAGAUAGGGAAGCUCGCGACGGCGUUGCUGAUCGGCGUGGCGGCGCAGAGGCACGAUUUGGAGCUGGAUGAUUCGGUGAUCGAGUACUUGAACCGGGCGACACCGCACGGCGGAGACACGCCGCCUACGUGGAACGCGCACUAUUGGGAAGGGCUCACGGUGCGGCAACUCUUAGCGCAAGUGAGUUCAGACGGCUCCGAGGAGCCCGGGACGGUAUUCAGCGACGAUGGAAAGAUGAAUGACGAGAAGACGUCUCCGUUGAUGCGAUUGAAUUCUGUUUUGCGAGGCGCCACUGGGCAGCGACCCGUGGACUUUGCCGAGGCCCACCUCGCUGAACCGAUUGGCUUGAGAAACUUUUUCGCCACGGGUAGCGGUGCAAACGGUGACAUAUCGUUCGUCGGUGGACAGAUGGCGAGCUGCCGAGACAUCGCGCGUUUCGGCCAGCUCAUCGUAAACGAAGGAAAGUGGCGGUUGGCGGAUGGUACGACAAAGCAGCUCGUCAGCCCUUCGAUCAUUCGUGCGUUGCAGAAGCCGAACUAUCCGCUCGCGACGCAACAUUUCGGACUCGCCGGCUUCGUUUAUAACGUCAAUGCGGUGAAGAUGCCAAAGGUUGAGACGUCGAAGGCAGAGCAAGUCAGCGGCUUGGGUGCCGACUGCCCGGCCAGCGAAGGACCGGUGCUCGAGGAAGACGAGCCAGAUUACGACGUCCUAUUCAAUGUUGGUGAUCUGGGCUCGAUGUUGGUUACCAUUCCGAGCAAGCGGGCCAUCGUCGUGAGUCUCGGGACGACGUGGGCGUCUCCUCCGCAGUGCCCGGCUGCUAGUCAAGCCAUCAAGCAAGCCAAGCUGCCCGAAUCUGAGCGUAGUGUUCUUCCGAGAAACGAUUUGUUUGCCGUGCAGCGUACGUGGAAAUUCAUCAAGCUCAUCGUCGAGCCUGAGCUCAUGCGCGAACUGACGCAUAAACGCGGUGGUCUUGCCGCUGACCGAAAACCGAACUACGAAAGCGUCUGGCACAGCCUUCAUCACAAACAAGAAGAGAGAAGACAGCUUGUACCGCUGACUGAUGUGCCAGAUCUUGGCCAGGCUCAAGACUCUCACAACGACAAGAUGGAGGCUUUGGUGAAUUCUAUUCCACAGGAUCAGAUCGAUCAAUCCAAGGCGAGCACUGCGGCGGCGAAGGGCGCAGAGCAAACGUGGACAGCUGACGACACCCAACGCUACAGUGGCACCUGCUCUUGCUCGUGCGCGCCGCAUCUCAAAAUCGGGCAGUGCUUCAACGUUCGCAACUCUCGCUCGAACAAAUGCGACGAUCUGAACCUUCGUCGACACGGCGCACGAUUUUGUCCGGAACUCGGGAUCGUGAAUUCUUGCGACGACGAUGAAGCCAUCAAGAUCAAGGCGAGCCAGUACGGUACCUCGGACAAGUAUACUUCAGAGAACAUUUCGGCCAUGAUCCAAAACGAUCAUGGAAAACUGACGCUAACCAACAAGCAAAUUAACGACAUCGAGCAAGACGCAGGGGAUAUUGCGCAUAGCGUGUUUACCUGUAAGGUUGAACAGGGAUGUGGUGAAGACGUGGUGUCCUCGCGAUUCUGGAGCACAAAGGACGGCAGAUACGGAACUAAUAUGUACGCGCUCAAGUGCGCGCCGACUGGCUUUUCGCAAUGCACUUUCACGCCCGAUGCGGAAUGUGCAUUCGAUGACGUAAAGAAACCAUUGACGAACGUGUCGAUCGUGCAAGGUGAAAGUGAGGCUCUCGUUGAAAUGCCGACGGAAGGAUGGAUUUUACAAUCGGAGGAGAGUGCAACAAACGGCGAGCUCGGCAAAGACGUGUCGUACUUCCAACUUCACUUGCCUGGCCGCGACGAAACGGUGCAACUCAGGGGAGAUGACGAAUGGAGGUAUUUCAGCGUCAUCGCGGUUAUGGGCGCAGGGGCUAUUGUUUUGGGUGCGAUGCUUGUGGCUAUCGCAAAGGGGAAGUUUAGUGCGGAGGACGAGAGCCGUGAGCGUUUGGUCGGCGACGAUUCCGGUAGUAAAUACAUGGAGGAUGUUUAG